AAACGUCACUUUUCGUUUGUGUUCCGUGAACUAUUGUCUUGUGAUGACGAUAUUUUUAUCAAAAUUUUGCAAUAAAUACGCAUAGAACCGCCUUAAAUUUUAAUAGAAGCCUAAUAAUAUAAAGUUCUGACGAGAUGGCGACGUUGAAGUCUGAUUUGGAUCAAUAUUUGCUACAAAACGAGAACCGAAGAAGUUACAAGAUUAGUUUACCGUUCUCAACUCCUAGCUUUUUAUCUAGGAACAAUGACGAGACGCCUAGUAGUACUAGCAGCGCAGGAACAUGGUUCGAAGAAGUUCAGAAAGAAUACUGUACAUUGAGCCGAACGCAGCGGUUUAUGGGCUUCGGAGUGUGUUUGUUCUUCGGAAUUUUAUGCUUCAUUCUGUCAUUCCUGUAUAUACCGAUUUUACUGCUACAAGCCAGAAAGUUCGCUCUGUUAUUCACUCUGGGAAGCUUAUUUUUAAUAUUCAGCUUCAGCUUCCUCUAUGGUCCAUGGAACCACAUUAAGUCACUGUUUUCAAAAGAGAAAGCCCUCAAUACAUCUUUGUAUGGGUUCACACUCUUCGGCACACUAUACUGUGCGCUACAUCUACAAAGCACACCGUGGACCAUAGUGUUUGCAGUGUUCCAAGUCAUGGCCCUGUUCUGGAUGAUGAUGGGGUCCAUCCCUGGAGGUUCCACCGGAGCGAGGUUCUUCGGAAGCAUGUUCAAGUCCUCCGUAUCAAACACUUUACCCAUUUAACAAAGAUUUCAGGCUCUGUUGUUUUUCUUCGCUUAAGGUUGGUCAUUGAUGUCUGUAUGUGAAAAAUUGACUUUUAAAUACUUUUUGUUCCGAAUAAAUUAUUAGAAUGUUAAUUUAAAAAUUCAAAGGAAUUGUUUGAUUACCCAGUGCUUUUAAAUUUUUAAAAGUGGUUAACUAAAACAGUUGCAGACAUCAAUGUUGCUCUCAGCAAAUGUGUUGCCAAGUUUCAAAAUGUACUGUGGUUGACCCAAAGUUAUGCUGAUAGCAUUUAAAGUUAAGUUUUGUAUAUCGAACAUGAAUAAGAUUUUGCAAAGGUAAUUAAAAGGUAUGACUUUGAAGGUGAAGGUUUCUUAUGGUGGUCUAUGAAAUACUUUGCAAAAUUCUUGCUAUGGUCAAUGGCCUCCAUAGUUGAGUGGUUGAGCUAGGCUCACAUGAAUGUGAGCCUUGUGUCUGUAACACAUCUAACUAAUAAUCAUGUGUUUGGUGUGCCUAGUUGUAUUAUUAGAGAACACCUAUUGAAAAUCAAGAUUCUUUCCUAUGGCUCGCUUCCGAAUUUCGGUUCGAAAUGCAAUAUUGUAUAGAUUGAUAUAGAAACCUUACCGCUGCUCGCCUGUUUGUGGUCUGUGGUUGGUUCGGAGUCGUACCUUAAACUAUCAGGUCGAUAAGCAAUUAUAAAGUAUACUUACAUAGAAUUUUCCUUUCAAAACAACCCUAAUUUAAGGUAUGUCUGUUAUUAAAAAAUACAGAAUCUCGACUUUCAUUAUAAAUGUAAGUUGUAUACAUAUUUAUUACAAAGAAACAACCUGAACUUUAGGAUAAAUAGCUUUUAAUUUAUUGAAACUUGCCUUAUUAUUAUGAAUUUGUAAAUUAUGAUAUACUAUUAAGAUGUUUCCAUAAAAACGCCAAUGUAGAAUAUUAUAGAUACUUCAUUGUGGUGAAGAGAAUACUACAACUACUUGGGAAGUUCCUUCCAUUUUAAAAAAAUUGGCCAGAAUGUACAUAACUUAUAAAUAAACAGGAGGGAAAAUUUAAUGAAAACCCAUCAUACCCGCUUUUUUUACUAUUUUGACAACAUGUCAAAAAUUAAAGGAUUAUCCAAGUUACUGCUGGUGGGGGCAGCGUGGCUGAACGUAUUUAAAACAAAGGAUAUAAAUUUAAACAAUACGCGCGACAUAUAGAAAAUAUUUUCCUCGUGGAUGUAGUAAAGCACAACUAGGGACUGUAUCAUAAAUCAGGAUAAAUAAAUUACGAUUUAAAACUUCGGCUCCACUUUGCUUCGGUCCUCAAAACUCAAGUUACCAUGACGUCACACCUUGUAUAAAUCUACUAAUCGCAUUCUAAAAAUUUUGUACAUUUUCUCUAUACAUUUUUCUCUGCAUUUACCUACCUACUAAACAUAUCUUAUACUAGGCUUAUUUUGGCAUCUUUUAGGCUAAUUACUAGAAUAUUCUAGCUACAAAUUGUAUUGCACAUCAUAGUUAAGUCAAAUACUGCUCAAUAUUUUGUACCUUUUUUAAUAAACACUAUUGCAGAAUUUUCAAUCAUCUCGUGACCUUUAUGUAAAACGCCUCUUAAUAUGGUACUGAUAAGUUGGGAGCAUUUGGAACAAACAUUGGUACUAUGUGGACAAUAAAGUGUUGCAAAAAGGGUUUCAAAUAGGUAUGAAGGAAAGUUAUGAAAUAAUAGUAAACGAAAUUAAUAAACAUUUUUAAGUCUUAA